CGCACUAGGCCAGGCGGCCCUUAAAGGGGAGGCGCGGCGGCCCGGCUAGUGGGAGACGCUAUCGCAAGAUGGCGUCGGCGAGGCCGCGGGAUGCGGAGUGAACGCGCCCCGCCGGGGGCUCUGGGAGGCUGCUGCGCUCCCCGCCGCAGCCAGCGCGGCGCCGCCUCUCUGCCUGCCCUCGCGCCGCGGCCAAGCCUCCCCGCCUCGCAGCGGCUCCCCCCGUCCCGGCCUGCAGCCUCCCCGGGCGCCGGCGCCGCCACCACGCCCCUCGGGCAGCGCACUCCAGGCGAGGUGUGAGCGCGUCGGGCCGGUGCGGUGAUCUCCGGCCCGCCUGGGAGGAGCGCGUGGAUUGGCGGGCGGCGGCGAGCGCCUUUACAAUGGCCCUGACCCUGUUUGAUACGGAUGAAUAUAGACCCCCUGUUUGGAAAUCUUACCUGUACCAGCUGCAACAGGAAGCGCCCCAUCCUCGGAGAAUUACCUGUACUUGUGAGGUAGAAAACAGACCAAAGUAUUAUGGAAGAGAGUUCCACGGCAUGAUCUCCAGAGAAGCAGCUGACCAGCUCUUGAGCGUGGCUGAGGGGAGCUACCUCAUCCGAGAGAGCCAACGGCAGCCAGGAACCUACACUUUGGCUUUAAGAUUUGGAAGUCAAACCAGAAACUUCAGGCUCUACUACGAUGGAAAGCACUUUGUUGGGGAGAAACGCUUUGAGUCCAUCCACGAUCUGGUGACUGAUGGCUUGAUUACUCUCUAUAUUGAAACCAAGGCAGCAGAAUACAUUGCCAAGAUGACGAUAAACCCAAUUUAUGAGCACGUAGGAUACACAACCUUAAACAGCGAGCCAGCAUACAAAAAACAUAUGGCAGUCCUGAAAGAGACACAGGAUGAGAAAGAGUCUACAGGCCAGGAUGGGGUGUCAGAGAAAAGGUUGACAUCACUUGUUAGAAGAGCAACUCUGAAAGAAAAUGAACAAAUUCCAAAAUAUGAAAAGGUUCACAAUUUCAAGGUCCACACAUUCCGAGGACCACACUGGUGUGAAUACUGUGCCAACUUCAUGUGGGGCCUCAUUGCUCAGGGAGUGAAAUGUGCAGAUUGUGGCUUGAAUGUUCAUAAGCAGUGUUCCAAGAUGGUCCCCAAUGACUGUAAACCAGACUUGAAGCACGUGAAGAAGGUGUACAGCUGUGACCUGACCACGCUCGUGAAAGCGCGUAUCACCACACGGCCAAUGGUGGUGGACAUGUGCAUCAGGGAGAUCGAAGCCAGAGGUCUUAACUCUGAAGGACUGUACCGAGUAUCUGGAUUCAGUGACCUAAUUGAAGAUGUCAAGAUGGCUUUUGACAGAGAUGGCGAGAAAGCAGAUAUUUCCGUGAACAUGUAUGAAGAUAUCAACAUUAUCACUGGCGCACUGAAACUGUACUUCAGAGAUUUGCCAAUCCCACUCAUUACGUACGAUGCUUACCCCAAGUUCAUAGAGUCUGCCAAAAUCAUGGAUCCAGAUGAGCAGCUGGAAACCCUUCACGAAGCCCUGAAACUACUGCCCCCUGCUCACUGCGAAACCCUCCGCUACCUCAUGGCGCAUCUUAAAAGAGUGACCCUACAUGAAAAGGAGAACCUUAUGAAUGCAGAGAACCUUGGAAUUGUUUUCGGCCCAACCCUCAUGAGGUCUCCCGAGCUGGACGCAAUGGCCGCCUUGAAUGAUAUCCGGUAUCAGAGACUGGUGGUGGAGCUGCUAAUCAAAAAUGAAGACAUUUUGUUUUAAUCUUUUAAUUUGAGGGGGAAAAGAGAUGUUUUACAGAUGAAGGAAAUGUUUUAUAGUAACUUAAUUGGCUCCCACAGCCAAAGUAUUUCUUGGUUCAAGUGUGGGCACAUUACCAGAUAAAAAUGAAGGAACUUUCUAUUGUUUCUAUAGCACUACUCAGCUGUCCGUGUCAAACAGUGAACACAUGCUUUCCAGUUCUAGUAAGCCUGGGUGUUUAUCAUGUUAAGAGAAACUCCAGCUAUUGCAUGACUAGCCCCCCUAUCUGGCAACAAAACUCACAUGCCAAGGAAACCACACACCUGCACCUGCACCGCAUCUCUGUCCCGGGUAGUCUGUGGUCGUAACCCAGCAUGUUUCACACUGUGAGCCUCUUGUGACUUCGCUUUAGGGUCUGUGUCAUGGGUUUGUGAUGCUCGUACAAACAUGCACACGUAGAACAGCGCCUCUGGCUGUCGCAUUCCCAGAGACCAUGUCAUGUGCCUACCCUUCACAAAUGGCUGACUUUCGGUUCCUCUUAGUUAGCUACAUAGUACUUUCUUUCCAGCAAAAGCAAAAUGUGUCCUCGGAUUUGUUAUCUUUAUUAAAUUAGCUCUACCAAUAAAAAAUGCACAACACAG